AUGUCUGUCCGGCAGACACCGCGCGAGCGGGAUCACAUGAACGGCAACCCGCCCCCCGUCCUCAACGGCGGCGGUGGCCACCCGCCCCAACUCUCGCCCAAGGCACCACCCCCGGCACAGGGCCCGCCCAUGCCAGAAUCUCUGCAGAAACUCGUCAGCGCCAACGAACAAACAUGGCUCGUAGUAGGUCAGCUCUCUGAACAGAUGGGCGACCUCGAACGCGCGCUCUCCGCCUACGAGCACGUUCUCCGGCACAACGCAUACUCCAUUCCGGGCCUCACCCAAAUGGCGGGCAUAGCCCGCAUCAAGGAGAACUUUCCCGUCGCUAUCGACUAUUUCCAGCGCGUGCUCAGUCUCCAGCCUGACAACGGCGAGAUAUGGAGCGCGCUCGGCCACUGCUACCUGAUGCAAGACGAAUUGCAAAAGGCGUAUCAGGCCUAUCAGCACGCGCUCUACUCGUUACCAAAUCCGAAGGAGAACCCGAAGCUUUGGUACGGCAUUGGCAUCUUGUACGAUCGCUACGGCUCGCUCGACAAUGCCGAGGAGGCGUUCGCGUCGGUGCUCAAGAUGGACAAGGACUUUGACAAGUCAAACGAAGUCCUCUUCCGCUUGGGCAUAAUCUACAAACAGCAGACCAAGUACUCCGAGAGCUUGCGCUGCUUCGAGCAGAUACUCCGCAACCCGCCAAGCCCGCUCGCCAACGCCGAUAUCUAUUUCCAGAUUGGACAUGUCCACGAACAGCAGGGUCACUUCGACCGUGCUCGUGACGCCUACACGCGUGUAGUCCAGGAGAACCCGACGCACGCCAAGGUAUUGCAGCAGCUCGGCUGGCUUUACCACCAGGACGGCACUUCGUUCCAGGACCAAGAACUCGCCAUUCAAUAUCUGACGAAGUCCCUCGAAGCCGACCCUGGCGACGCGCAAAGCUGGUACCUUCUUGGCCGCGCGUUCAUGGCCGGCCAGAAGUACAACAAGGCAUACGAGGCGUACCAGCAGGCGGUCUAUCGUGAUGGCCGUAACCCGACGUUCUGGUGCUCUAUCGGCGUACUUUACUUCCAAAUCAACCAGUACCGUGACGCGCUCGACGCCUACUCGCGUGCCAUCCGCAUCAACCCCUACAUCCCGGAAGUUUGGUACGACCUCGGCAGCCUUUACGAGUCGUGCAACAACCAAAUCGGGGAUGCGAUCGACGCCUAUGCACGUGCCGCUGAGCUGGACCCGAACAACGCCAGCAUCGCGGGCCGACUCCAGGUCCUCAAGCACUCGCAAGCGACAGGUGCCCAGGUCUCGGCGGCGCCUGCGCCACAAGACGUGCACCCGACAUUGUACGCCAACCCGGCGCCGCCAGCGCCUGGUCCACCUGGCGCUUUGCUUCCUAUCCAUCCUGGCGGUGGUUCUCAGCCGCGUUUCCGCGCCGACUCUCGCGGCCCAGCGAGUGACAUGCCUCCACCAAGUGCCGGUCCUGCUGGUCGCAGCCCGCCGCCGCCGUUCCGUGGCGGUCCUCCACCGCCCGUGAUCCUCGACGACGCGCGUCAGGGCAUGCAAGUCCAUCCCCAUCUCGCUCCCAUGGAGAUCGACGCGCCUCAGCAACCGCCUUCGGCUACGCGUGAGCAGGGCUAUGCGCCUCCUCCAUCAGGCGCUCGUGGCAUGUCAAUUUUGUUACACCAUGACGAACGUACCGGUGGACCGCCUCCCCUACACCAGCACGACUCGUACUAUGCACCGGGCGAGUCCCGCGGACGCAGAUCAUCAGUUGCAGGGUCUCCUCGAGACCGUGCGCGCUCGCCCACGACAUCGCCCUACCAUUCUUACGGUCGUGGCGGUCCUCCGCGGUCGCCGCAUGGCUACUCACGCGAGCCUGCGCCUGUUUCACAACGCGAACGUGAACAGGACCGCGAGCGUGACGCGGAUUGGCAGCGUCGCGAUUGGGAACACCGGCGCGAGAUGCGCGCCGGUGUUGGGCCCGAGUAUGCGCCGCAACAGCCGCCAUACUACGAGUCUCGCCAUGAACGUUCCCCGCCCAGUGGUUCUAGCCGUGGUUACCCGCCGCCUGGUUCUCAGAUCCCGCCUAUCUCCCCGCGCGAACAUCCCAGCAUGCGUGGCGAGCCCAUGCAGGUGGAUACACCCAGCAGGCGCUACGAGAACGGACCGCCGCCUCAGGGAUACGUCAACAGCGGCGCUCCGCCUCCCCCACCGUCAUUCCCGAGCCGUACGUCUGAGAGCCCGCACGUAGCGCACCGCUCCCGCAGGGGUACGUUCAGUAAGGACGAGCCGUCUCCGGCGGAGAUGCAGCCGCCGCAACAGCUUGCUGGUCCCGGUGGCACGAUGGGUGUUUUGGCGCCCGAACCGAAGAAGCGCAGGCGCGCUACGACGGGUCGCAGCAGGAACAACGAGCCCACGCCCGUGUCUACGCCUGGCCCAGGUCCAGCGCCGCGUUCGCACACCGAGACGCCCAAGCCCUACCAGCAGCAGCAACAGCCGUCUGGCUCGUACCGCCCGUACAAGGGUCGCGAGACGCCCGAGGCCGGCAGCAGCGGCUCGAACCAGAGCCAGAAGCCGAGUCCGCCCGAAUCGACCGUCAGCGUGCCGAACCGCGUCGUCGACGAGGACUACGACGAGGGCGUCGCAGAGACGCUCAUCGGCCUGUCCAACUACCGCGGUAGCGCAGCCCCAGCUUCGCAGGCGCCAAGUGACCCGCCGCCGGGCUACAGCCAGGCGCCGCCUCCGCCGAUGAGCGGUCCUGGCGUACGCGCUCCCAGCCCGACGCCCAGCAUGCGCUCGCGGGCUUCGCAUCGCGGUAGCGUGAGCAGCACUCGGUCUGGUGGACAGGGCUCGCCUCCCGUCGGCACGAAGCGCGCGCGCUCGGCUGACCGUGACCGUGACGACUCCGACGGCUCGUCGAAGAGGACGAAGAUGGACACGCCUGCGACUGCCGCGACGAGCCAGCCCAGCACGCGCCCCAGCCCGAUCCCCUUCCGCCAGCAGCCGAUGUCUCCAGACGAGCGUGGUACGCGCCCGUCGCCGCCGCAGUCUGGUGUUGGCCGGAGGAGCCCGCCAGGGCAGCAGCAAGGCGGUAGGAGGUCUUACCCUCCGAGCCCGCCUAUCCCUGCUGUGCUUCCGCCUGUGCCGCAAGCGCGACCGCAGAGCGCGCUGCCACCGAUCGCCACGCUCGAGGAUCGCGAGGAUAAGGGCGCGGAGCCGGAGCGCGAGAGGGAGCAGCCUCGGCCUGCGCCGCCGCCUAGCCGGGGUAGCAUGGCGGACGUCAUGAACCCCGCGCCGCCUACGCCUGAGAAGAAGGAGGAUAAGGCGUAG